AUGGAUUGCUCCAUUGCGAGACAAUCCCGAUUUCCAUUUUUCUUCCCUAUCUGGUCUUCGUCGUCUAAACGGUCGCAGCCAGAAUCCGCCGUUUCGGCGUCAACGCAGACUCAGACGCCCACAGUACAGACAGUUCCCAAGAUGGGUAUUACCUCGACAUUGCAGAGACGCUCGACGGAGCGCGAGCGCUCGAGUCGUGACGCUGCUAGAAAGGAUGUCACCGAUGGCAUGGAGCGACUCGUUGGUCUGGACAAUGUGAAAAGACAGUUGAAUGGUGUGCAGAGCUACGUGCAGAUCUGUCGCCGGCAUGGUCGCGACCCACGCAGCGAGUGGUACAAUAUCGCAAUGCAGGGUAACCCAGGCACAGGCAAGAGCAUCGUCGCUCGGAUCUACGCCAAGAUGCUCUAUUCCAUCGGUAUCACCGACGCUGAGACUGUGAAGGAAACCUCGGGCUCGGAGCUGGCCUCCAAGGGCUCCGAGGGAACUCAGCGUCUCAUCCAGGAUAUUGUCGACGCCGCCCCUUCUACUCAAACUGCAGGUGUGAUGAUUGUCGACAACCCGCAAACGCUCGACAACUCGACCGACAGUGCCUCUGCUGAGCAGACCCUCUCUUGUAUGGUUGAGGCUAUGGAGCGCCCGACGAACCGUAUCGUCGUUGUCUUCACCGGCUACCCUGAACACAUUGCAGCCUUCCUGCGCGAUCACCCUCGCAUCCAGCGUCUGACCUGCAGCACGCUAAAUUUUGCCGACUUCGAACGGCACGAUCUCUUGCAGCUGCUGGGUCGUCGCAUUACGGGUGAAUACCAGGGUCGCAUGCAGGUCGAAGGUGGUCUCGAAGGCCCUUAUAUGCAGGUUGCUGCGCGUCGGCUGGCUCGAGGACGCGGCAAGAAGGGCUUCACCAACGCCCACGCUGUUCGCGACCUCGUCGCCCAUGUCGCUCGCCGUCAGGCUCAGUAUCUGACUGACCAGACGGACGGCAUGGACGAGGUCGACUACUUUUUCUUUUCCCGGCAGGAUCUCCUGGGUCCUAGUCCUGCGGAUAUCCGAAUGCAGAGUGAGGCCUGGCAGCAACUGCAGGGUCUUGUCGGACAGGAGGCUGUCAAGGCCUCCGUCCGAGAAGUGUUUGACACUCUAGAGGAAAACUACACGCGGGAGCUGCGCAAUCAGCGACGACUCCCCGUGCGGUUGAAUCGCGUCUUCACCGGUCCACAGGGCACUGGAAAGUCCACGGCCGCGAAACUCUACAUGCAGGUGUUGGCUGAUCUGGGACUCCUGAACGACGGAGAAGGUAUUCUCUCCGCCUUUGGGUUCCAUGAAAACAAGCUGACGACCACAGCACCGGUCAAAUCUCUCUUCGCUCUCGACAACACCCCCUCCGACACCCUCAUCAUUGAGGUCGAUAGCCUUGACGGCACCACCGUCGCCAUCCCUCCUCGUUACCCCCAGGAUGUGCUGGACACCCUGACGACCGAGUUGACCAAGCCCCGAGUUUGCACCGUCCUCAUCGGUUCCACCUCCGCCGUCGAGUCGCUCCUCUCGCAACUCAGCAAAUCCACGGUAGGCAAAUUCGAAGGCCAAGUCGUACAAUUCAACCGUCUUACCCGCGAGCAAAUGGAGCAGCUAUUCCAGUCUAAGGUUGAAGAUAACGAUAUUGACUCAACCCCUGAGGCCUUCCAGGCGGCCAUGGAUAUUCUCGACAACGCGCGUAUGCGCCGCGACUUUGACAAUGCGCGCGCCAUCGAGAGACUUGUCGCGGUCGCAAAUCAUAACUUUGAGGACCGACGCGCUAGAUCUUCCGAGCCAGUCGAGCGGGUCCUCCAAGCCGAGGACUUCCAGCCCGAUCUGGUUGGCGGACACACCACGUUGGCGUUCCGCGAUGAGUUGCGGUAUUCCAUCGUCCCGGAUGAUAUCAUCUCUGUUUUGAAGAGAUAUCAUAACGAGAUGAAGGCCGCGUGGAUGCAGGGUGUUGAGCCCAGCGCGCGAAUUCCGUACGCCUUGGUGUUCAAGGGUGCACCUGGUACCGGCAAACGAACGGUCGCCCAGCACCUUGCCAUCCUCUACUACAAGAUGGGCGUUCUCGAAACCAGCGACCUCGUGGAAUGCUCCAUCAGCGAUCUGGUCCACUUUGUUGGUCAAUCGCCCCGAGCGCGAUCCCAGCUCGACCUCAGUCGUGGCAAGGUUCUCUUCAUCGAAGACGCCCACCGACUCGGCGACAGCGAAACCACCCUCCGGGCUAUGGAUGAGCUAGUCUAUAUGCUCCCCAAGCACGCAGGACAGACGGUCGUCAUUCUCGCUGGCCCAGCCGCCGAAAUGGAUCAUUUGCUGGCCAACCGUCCUCGACUCGCCAGCCUCUUCCAGGAAGAAAUCGCCUUUCGAAACCCGACGCCCCGCGAGUGCCUUCGUCUACUAGACAGAAAGCUCGAUGAGCAGGGCGUCCGAGGCCCGAGAACGUUCUUGACGGACCCGAAGGACCCUACUCAUCGGGAGUUCACUCGCGCUGUCCAGAUCCUAUCGAUGUUCCCUUGUUGGAGCAAUGAACGGGAUAUGGACGUGCUGGUGCGAUGGAUGGUCUCGGCCUGUAUCAAGGAUGUGCCCCUUGAGAAUUCCAACGAGAAGAGCAGUAGCAAUGCAGCCUCGGUCAAGUUGGUCUUGGCAGAUGAGCAAGCCAUGUCUUGCAUGAUCAGAUUGUUCAAUCUGAAGAGAGACCGGUUGCGAUUCAACCAGGAUCCUAAGGCGAGAACCUUGCCUCGAAUCCUCUCCCAGCCUAGAAGCACGGAGAGAGGUGGUGUCAGGUUCCCUGUCUAA